CGGGUUAGUUAGAGUUUUCUAUAUUAUAGCUUCUUAAUAUGUCAGGUUUGAAAAUAUUUAUCUAUAUUUGUUUAGUGAUAGUGAAUAAUGCCCAAUUUUCGCCACAAACGAUUUUAAGUAAUGUAAAACCAAUGAACAUUGAUUUGAAUCCGGCUGCUCUAACUCAACAAUGGGAAAAUUUCAAGAAAGAGAACGGUAAAAACUACGAACGUUUAGAAGAAAUCCUACGUUUCGACAUUUUCAAAAACAAUCUAAAAUUGAUGUUCGAUCACAAUCAGAAAUUCCUCAGUGGUCUGGUUAACUAUCAUAUCGGAAUCAAUCAGUUUGCUGACAUGACCAAAGAGGAGUUUGUUAAGAACAUGUUGAAAGUGGAAAUGCCAAGAGGAAGAUCUAAGAGGCGGAUUAAAGAACACGAGAGAUUCAGAAGACAGAUCGUUGACAGAAUUGAUUGGCGUGACCGGGGUGCAGUCACACCGGUGAAAAAUCAAGGGAAUUGCGGCUCGUGUUGGAGUUUCAGUGCAAUCGGUUCUGUAGAAGGCCAAUACUUUUUGAAAACCGGAAAUUUGGUGUCUCUAAGCGAACAGAAUUUAUUGGACUGCGCCACAGAUCAGAACAGGGGCUGCAACGGAGGUUGGAUGACCAAUGCUUUUGAUUAUCUGAAAGGACACACAAUCACUUCAGAAGAUGCUUAUCCCUACUAUGCACAACAACAGCAAUGCCAAUCUCCUUAUGCUCCUUAUCGGAUAUCUAUUCAAGGUUACGAGACUAUCUCAAACGAAGGUUCUCUACAGCAAGCAGUAGCAACAACGGGCCCUAUUUCGGCAGCAAUGGAUGCUUCCAACCUCCAGUUCUAUGCAGGAGGUGUGUUUCGAGAUGACGACUGCAACUCCAACUCCGUAAAUCACGGAGUUCUUAUUGUAGGAUACGGAUCCGAGUCCGGAAGGGACUACUGGUUGGUUAAGAACUCCUGGGGUCCCAAAUGGGGUGAAGAAGGGUACUUUAAGAUAGUACGGAAUAGGAAUAACCAGUGUGGUAUAGCUAGCUACGGAAUGUAUCCCAUACUGUAACUGAAUAUAUAAAAUUUACUUACUAAUUUCAAUUAUUUGAUUUGCAAAUUUAAAGGUAAUUCG